AUGACCGAGGUAGCAGAUCCAAGACUUCCUGAAGCACAAAGGUGGCAGGCUGGUUCUUCGCCAUGGAGACGUCAGGAUCCAGAGCAGAUCCGCUAUGACCAAGGUACCGGAAGGAGCGAAGCUGUGAUGAUGUGCAUUGGCAGAUGGGAAAGCUUGAGCGCUUUGCAGCUCGCCGCCUGCUCUUCGAAGACUUCUGCAGGUGUCAGGAUCCAUCGGCGGGACGCCUGCCUGGACUCGGACGACGUGUGCGUGCAGUCCCUGCCCAGUCUUUGCUUUUGGCCAGCAGAAAAAAUUAAACAGGUCGCGUCGGGUGUCCUCAGAAAGGAGGCCAAAGGCUCCAAGGAAAGCAUGGCUGUUGCUCAGCUCAAGCCCGCCGCGCCAUAA